AUGAUUGGAAAUGAUCCGGAAUUAUAUAUGGCUGCUAUUAGAUUUAUGGAUCCUGAGAGGAUUUUCAUAUCAGAAGAUGUCAAGUCAAAUAGGAGAGUUUUAUUAUUCGCCCUGCAGAGAAAUGGAAAUUUGUUGAAACAUUUGAGUGAGGAAUUGAGAAUGGAUCGAGAAAUUGUAUUGACUGCUAUUAGGAAUAGUCCGAAUUCGUUUGUUUAUUGUGAUAAUGCAUUUAAAUCUGAUAAAGAAAUUGUGGAUAUUGCUCUUGGACAUAGUUUGGAAUAUUUGAGAAUUACUCCAUUGAAUAUUGAUAAGGAAUUUGUAAUGAAAAUUGUAGAGAGAAAUGGGUAUGCUUUGGAAUUUGUUCAUUUCACACUCAAAGAGGAUAAACAAGUCGUUUUGGCAGCUGUCAAACAAAAUGGAUUUGCUUUGGAAUUUGCCGAAUUUAUUGAUAAGGAAAUUGUGUUGGAAGCAGUGAAACAGAAUGGAAAUGCAAUUGAAUAUGCUAAAGAAUUUGAAGAUGAUGAUGAAGUAUUGAAAGUAGCAUAUGGUCAAUCAGGAUAUGAUUCACUAUAUGAAGAAGAGUUGCUACUUUCAAAAAUAUCAAAAGAUCCUGAAUGUCUACUCGAUGAGGACAUGUCCAUUCGAUCUGACAAGGAAUUUAUGAAGAAGGCCAUUUGUGCCAAUCCACUCUGCAUUCAAUAUGCAUGGGGAGAAUUGAAAAAUGAUUUGGAAUUGGCACUGACUGCUCUGAAUGAAUCAUUGGAUGCUAUCGAAUAUUUGAAUGAGGAUUUGAAAAAGAAUAAGAGUGUAAUAUUUUUAGUGGCUAAAAUUCAACCUGAAUCAUUAUUGAGGGUUGAUGAAGAAUUGAUGAAAAAUAGGGAGUUCAUUCUGGAACUGGUUAGUCAAGUACGUGGAUCCUGUUUUUACAUUGGACAGGAAUUUAAAGCUGAUGCACAAAUCAUGUUGACAGCAAUGAGGUUGGAUUAUUACUCAAUUUCGUCUGCUGAUCCUGAACUUAUCAAAGAUUAUUCAUUCCUUGAGGAAGCCAUUGAUUUGAAUAUCAAUGCUUUGGGGUGUAUUCCUUAUAAUGGGAGCAUUCGUGAAGAUAGAAAGGAUCACAUUUUACAAGAUAGAGAAAUUGUAUUGAAAUUGGUAAGGAAAAAUCCACUCACUUUGGGAUUUCUCUUCAGAGACAUGUUGGAAGACAAGGAAGUGUUCAUGGAAGGAGUUAAACAAAAUGGUUCAAUGAUUCGAUAUGCUCGAUAUGUUCUCCAGAAUGAUAAGGAGCUGGCCUUAGUAGCUGUAAAACAAGAUGGAAUGGCAUUGAGAUAUGUAGGGGGUGAACUGAAAAAAGAUAGAGAUGUGGUUUGGGAGGCAAUUCAUCAAUGUGAGGAUGCUAUUGAAUUUGUCGAUGAAUCUUUGCGAAAUGAUACUGAUUUCAUUUUGAAAUGCACUUUGAGUAAGGUCAAGAAGAAUAACCAAUUAGUAAAUUGA